GGGGAGUAACCAUAGAGUAGGCCCCAGUGGCGCCACAUCCCCAGGGAAAGGAAGCCCUAGGGUUCCGAUUCAGCUCUUGCUGGUUUCUCAGCCUUGACCUGGACUGGGCUUGAAGCUGGGUGGGUUUCACAGACCACCCGGGUCACGAUGCUCCUGGAAGAAGUCCGCGUCGGUGACCAGCUGAGUGGCGCAGCGGCCCGUGGCGACGUGCAAGAGGUGCGCCGCCUUCUGCACCGGGAGCUGGUGCAUCCUGACGCUCUGAACCGCUUUGGCAAGACGGCCUUGCAGGUCAUGAUGUUUGGAAGUCCAGCAGUCGCUCUGGAACUCCUGAAGCAAGGUGCUAGCCCCAAUGUCCAAGAUGCCUCUGGAACCACUCCAGUGCAUGAUGCCGCUCGAACUGGGUUCUUGGACACCUUGAAGGUCCUGGUGGAGCAUGGGGCUGAUGUCAAUGCCCUGGAUGGCACCGGGUCGCUCCCUAUCCAUCUGGCAAUACGAGAGGGCCAUAGCUCCGUGGUCAACUUCCUGGCUCCUGAAUCUGACCUCCAUCACAGGGACGCUUCGGGUCUCACCCCCCUGGAGUUGGCCCGGCAGAGAGGGGAUCAGAGCCUCAUGGGCAUCCUGCAGAGGCACAUGGUGAUCCCAAUGUGACUCAGGGCCACUGUCUCCAGCCAGAGAGCCUCACUGGCUUACAAGUCAACAAAGGAGAAAAGAAACUUUCACUCUCUGUUCCCAUCCACUGAAGAUGGGAGUGGGAGGGGCAGUUUGUGGUUUAUUGGUAUUGAUUUCUUGAGUGAGUGUGUUUGGGGACAUUUGUUUUUCUCACCCCAUUUGGUGUGUUAGACAGAGCAGGGGCUCCUACAAGCAACAGCCACCUAAACGGUUCAGUUUUCCCUGCACCUGGCUGCAGAGACCUCAGGGCAGAGAUUUAAAGCCCUAACCUCAGAGUGAGAACAUCAUCUCCUGAGCUCCUGGAAGCCAGUGACCUUGAAGGCUGUGCUCAGAGAGCCCUGAAGUGGGAGCCACCUACUUUGGGAGGGGGAGGGGGAAAACAUUUUGAAUCCGUUGAAACAAUAGUGUGAGCUAAAUUUUUCUUGUAAGUUUGUUUUCCAGUCUGUUGUACAGAGUUUGAAAUAUAUAUAUUUAUUGCUUU